AUGCACCUGCUGCCGGAGGUUGAGUGCGGUCCGAAGGCGUGGACGGUGUUGAAGGAGCUGCACGCCCCGACCUCUGUUGUUGCAACAUUGAUGCUGGAGAGGGAGCUGUCCGCGUUGCGCCUGAGCGAGGGAGAGCCGGUGCAACCUGUCCUGGACAAAUUGCGCGACCUCUACGCGAAGUUGGCGACCGCAGGAAUCACCUACCCGGAGCAAACAAAGUGCUUGAAGAUGCUCUCGCUGCUGCCGGAAUCGUGGCUUCAAUUUACGAGCGGAUUGAGCCUGCCGCAGAACCAGAGCUUGUGGACGCUCGAGUGGGUGCGGACGAAGAUUCUGGAGGAGGACUUCCGUCGCCGCCAACUGAGGGGUGGAGACGACGGCAGCAGCGGCUACGGGAUGCAAGGGAGCCGACGUGGCAAAGGACGUGGCUUCGGUGGUGCUGGACGCGGUGCAAAGAAAGACGACGACUCCAACGACCAACAAGGAGGUACCGGUUGGGGUCGCGGUGCGAAAUCUGGACGUGGGGGCAAGUCGGGUGCUGGUGGCAAAAUGAAAGGGAGUUGCUGGUAUUGUGAGAAGGAAGGGCACCCCUGGUUUUUGUGCUAUAAGAAACCCGAUGGAUGGACCCCCCAGAAUCGUCACCAGGAUGGCGGCGCGCGGAGGAACCAGAAAAACGGCGCCAACAUGGUCGCUGAUUCGUCCGACAACAACCCAAAGGGCAACGGCGGUGCGGAGAAGAAGAAGGAGCGCACCGCGGGCCAAUUCUUCCAUAUGGGAGACAAGGGGGAGCAAGGAGACGCAUCUGCUAAGGCUAGAGCAGAGCUGCACCCCCUGGACUAUUGGGUGUGGCUGGUGCGGGACGAGCUGCAUUUAAGGGAGCGGAUGGCAAGCCGGUGGUGCUGCACGACGUUCUCCUCGUCCCCGACCUGA